AUGCUUGGUUCUGAUUCUCUCAACAAUUUAUGUUUUUCUUCUGAUUUUAAAGAAUUAUUAUUAAAUUCAAUAUUGUCUGUUUUGGUUGUAGAUAAACAAAAACAAUUAAUUAGUUUAGUUAAAAAUAGUCAAAAUUUACAAGAAAACCUUCUUCCUCCUUUAAAAUUUGGAAUUAAUUCAAAAAUUAUUUUUAAUUUUGCUCUACUUUUAAUUGUUUUACCUAAUUUUGAGGAUUUAUUUGAUAUUUUAAUUAAUAAAUUUAUUUCAACAUCAACAACAAUCACAACAGAUAUAAAAUUAAAAACUUCAGUUUUAUAUUUAAUUUCAACAUUAAUUUCAACAUUUUCUUCUUCUAACAAUAAUAAUUUUGAUCAAAAUAAAUUAUCAAAUUUCAUUAAUGAUAUUAUUUCAAUUUUAAAAUUAUUUGAUUCUUUAUUGGAAGAAGAAAUUUUGGACAGUGAAAUUGUUGAUAAUUUACCUUUAAAUACUGAUGAAUCUUGUUUAAUUGGGCUCAUGUUCAAUUGCCUUUCUUCAAUCAAUUUGGAUAAAAUUGCUGCAAAGAAUCGAGGUGAUUUGCUUUAUGAAACUUUAAAAUAUUGUUCUUCUUCAAAUAUUUGUGUUAAAGAUGCGGCUGAUAAUUGUUUAAAUAAUUUAGUUAAGAAUUCUACCCAAUAUAAAAAUGUUUCUGAAAUGAUUUUUGAAAAUGCCCAUUUGUUAAUGUUCAAAAUUCUGCUUGCCGCACAGGAUUUCCCAACAAAUCCACGCUUUCCAAUGGUUUUAUCUGAAAUGAUUUUAAGAUGUUCUAACCCAAAAAUUUAUUUUAAAUUGAAAGGAGCAUUGGAUGAAUUAUUAUUUUGGUUAGAUUAUUCAAAUCAAAAACAAAUUUUACUUUUAUUAUUUUGUUUAAAAAAUUAUUGUAAAGCUUUGUAUAAUUGGUUUUAUCCUUUAAUACCUUCUAAAAUAAUAAUAGUAGAUGAACAACAACCUUCAACUUCUAAAGCAAAUGAAUAUUCUGAUAACAAAGAGGAAAUUGAAGAUAUUCCAAAUAAAAAUGUACUUGAAGAAGAAAAUGAAAAAUAUUUAAAUGAUUUAAAUUAUCCAUUAAUUCAAAAUUUAGUUACAAUUUUAAAAAGAACAAAACACUUCAUUUCUUCCCAAUAUUUACCUGUACAAUUAAAUAUCUUGGAUAUAUUAAAAUAUUCUUUGGAAUUGGUUAAAAAUUAUGAAAAUGAAUUGCUUCCAAUGAUACAUCAAAAUUGGCAUGGAUUAAUUCAAAAAUUUGGGAAUGAGUUGGAAGAGAGUUCCAACUUUCAAACCGUCAUCCAACUAUCAAAUUCUGAAAUGCUUGUUACAAUUAAAUCUGUUGAAGUAAUUAAAACAAUAACUUUAAUUUCAAAAGACUUUGUUUAUUGGAAAAUUGUAAAAGAAUAUUUACCGAGAAUUUGUGGUUUAUUAGAAGAUUUAUAUAAACAAACUUUAAAGAGUACAAAAAUUUUGGUUGUAAAAGAAUCUGUAAUUAAACAUUCUGUUGCUUUUAAAUUACAAUUUGCUUUGGUUGAGAGGUUUUUAAAUUUAAUUUUUUAA